UUAUUCAAAAGCAGCCCAAAACCCCGCCCAUCACUGCAUGCAUUUAGUGGAAAGGGAGGAGUUUCACAGUGAUGGCUGAGAUGAGAUACUGAGAUGUUCUCCAGCUCCCUGUUGAAGGGCUUUGAUAUUGAUGAGGCUGUUGAGACUAAACUGUAAAUGUUAGGUCUAAAUUUGGAGAGACUGUCUCUGUGUCCAUUUACCUCUAGGAGGAGACACUGCACAGAGCAGGUGUUACAGACUGACUGCAGUGUGUCUGCUGCUGCUGUGUGUUCUCCUGCUGACUGCCGUCACAGUGCUGUGGAUCAAAUUCAACAACCUGAAUACAGAAAACAACCAGCUACAGACCAGAUACACCAACCUGACUAAAGAGAGAGACCAGCUACAGACCAGAUGCACCAACCCGACUAAAGAGAGAGACCAGUUACAGACCAGUUUCAACACCUUGACUAGAGAGAGAGACCAGUUACAGACCAGAUACAACACCCUGACUGGAGAGAGAGACCAGUUACAGACUAGAUACAACACCCUGACUAAAGAGAAAGACCAGUUACAGACCAGUUACAACACCCUGACUAAAGAGAAAGACCAGUUACAGACCAGAUACAACACCCUGACUAAAGAGAAAGACCAGCUACAGACCAGAUACAACACCCUGACUAAAGAGAAAGACCAGUUACAGAGGGAGAGAGAUGGAUACCUGAUGACAUUUUGUGAUUCGUGUAAAGGGUGUUUCUACUUCAAGUCCAGUUUUUACUGCAUGUCUAAGGAGACGAAGAGCUGGGAUGAGAGCAGACAGAACUGCAGUUCGAGAGGAGCAGACCUGGUGAUCAUAAACAGCAGAGAGGAACAGGAGUUCAUCGUUAAACAGCUGGGUGACUCUGUUGCUUGGAUUGGUCUGAGUGACAGAGAUAGAGAGGGAGAGUGGAAAUGGGUGGACGGUACACCACUGACCACUAAGUACUGGGAUUCGGGGCAACCGGGUAAUACAGAUCAUGAGGAUUGUGCUGAGAUUUACUAUUCAGAUUCAAAUGAGGUUGUCUGGAACGACAAGACAUGCUCUGUGAAACUGCACUGGAUCUGUGAGAAACGUCUUUCUCAGUGA